AUGACUUUUCCCUUUGAGGGCUGGAUUGGAGUGACCAGCUUGCUCUUGUGUUUGAGCCAGACAGUCAUUUCUAUGGUCCUCCCUAACAAUACAAGGCUGGAGUCUAUUCUGGACAAGUACUGGGAUAAGGAUGAAGAGUGGUGGAGGGCUCGCUCAAGAGGAAAGAGAGCCAUCACUGAAGGAGACAUGCACCUUAUACUGGACCUGCACAACAAGCUGCGUGGCCAAGUGCAUCCUCCGGCAUCCAAUAUGGAGUACAUGGUUUGGGAUUAUGAGCUGGAGCGGAGUGCAGAGCAUUGGGCGCACACCUGUCGAUGGGAGCAUGGCCCCAGUCACAUGUUGACACAAAUAGGACAAAACCUUGGAGCACACUGGGGAAGGGACCGUCCCCCAACCUUCCAUGUGCAGGCUUGGUAUGACGAGGUGAGGUACUAUAGUUACCCCUACGCCCAGGAGUGUAAUCCUCACUGUCCAUUCAGGUGCUCUGGACCAGUCUGCACACACUACACUCAGUUGGUGUGGGCCACUAGUAAUCGCAUAGGCUGUGCCAUCAAUGUUUGUUACAACAUGAAUGUGUGGGGAAUGAUCUGGGCCAAAGCUGUCUACCUCGUGUGCAACUAUUCUCCACCUGGCAAUUGGUGGGGCCAUGCGCCUUACAAAUAUGGAUCUCCCUGCUCUCAAUGUCCAGCCAGUUAUGCAGGGGGGUGUAGGGACAACCUCUGUUACAAAGAUGGUGGUGUUGACAGACGGCCUGCUCCAGAGCUUGAGGAAACCAACUACAUUGAACCUGAGCCUGAACCAGAUCCGGUCCGAGAGAGAGAUCCAGAGCCCCGGGCCCAGUCCCCGGACCCCCCUCGUCAUGACAACACUCAGAGAAACCAGGUGGUCAGCACUGAGCAGAUGAGUCAGCAGGUGGAGUGUGACACAAAAUUGAGAGAUCAAUGCAAAGGGACCACUUGUAACAGAUAUGAAUGUCCACCUGGCUGCUUGGACAGACCUGGUAAAGCUGUUGGAAGUGGCUAUUACGACAUGCAAUCCAGUGUAUGUGCAGCAGGACUACAUGCUGGAGUCAUUGACAAUGAUGGAGGAUGGCUGGAUGUGAGCAGACUGGGCAGAAAACCACAUUUCACUAAAUCAUACAAGAAUGGUAUUCAGUCAGUAGGAAAGAACAGAAGUGCAAAUUCGUUUAAAGUUGAGAAAGUGCCAGUUAAGGCUGUCACCUGCGACACUACCGUUGCUCUAUAUUGCCCUUUCAAGAAACCUGUCAGGCAUUGUCCAAGGUUAUACUGCCCUAGGAAUUGUCUUCAUCAGAGUCAAGUUCGAGUGAUUGGAACAAAAUAUUACUCUGACAAAUCUAGUAUUUGCCGAGCAGGAGUCCAUGCAGGGGUCAUCCAGAAUGAGUCGGGGGGUUACCUGGAUGUGAUGCCCGUGGACAGGAGGAGGCUGUACAAAGGCAGUCACCAGAACGGCAUCACAUCAGAAACGCUUCUAAAUCCGACGACUGGAAAAGCAUUUCGAGUGUUUGCAGUCAUCUGA